GGGGAGGAGGAGGAGGAGGCAGCUGGGCAGAUCCUGAAACGCCGCCUAGAAGACUUUUUGCGAAACAGAGAGCCACCCAAGACAUUUUGUCCGUCAGAAGUUGCCCGAUCGCUGACUGCAGAAGAGCUCCAGCAGCUUGCUUGUGGCGAAUGGCGAGAUGCCAUGUCGGCCAUUCGGGAGACUGCGUGGCUGCUGCGCCAGGAGGGAAUGUGUGAGAUUGUGCAAAAGGGCGAGUCUGUGGGUGAUGUUGGACCUGAAGAUGUUCGAGGCCCUAUCCGAAUCCGG